AAUGUUUAUUCGUUGUCUUGUACUAUAUUUAGAUAGUGUUAAAUAUUUUAAUUCUAAAUUUCUAAAAUGAAUGUUUAUAUAUACGUUUAUACAUGUUGCGUGCCGUAUACAGUAGUGCCUCGCCAUAGUAAGCCAAGGCGAGGGCAACCGGCUUAGAAUUAUGAAACAGUUUUAGACAAAGAGAGAAAGUGACGAGUAAGUAAGAGAACGUGACAUCGGCACAACCACAAGCGAAACAAGUCACACCGACGACCAAUGUAGCUUGUCUUACUUUACCAUGCCUGCGGUCUCACUCUAUUCGCGCAUCCGUUUGCCUGGCGCUCCAUCUAUAUUACUUUAGAAUGUUUGCUCGCUAUGAUUCGUGAUCUUCGGAGUGUAUUUACAGUAUAUGUACUGGCCGAUAUCGUAUAAUACAUUUUUUAUAAUAUUUCGAAUUUCCACAUUUCUUUUUUGAAGAAUCCAAUUUUCAAUUCUUUUGCAGUUCUUAAUCGCUACUAAUUUAUACAAUUUCUAACAGAAAUAAACCUCUCAACCUACACCAUCUACACUAGAUUUUUCUCGAAUCGGGUGCAGAAAUGGUUAUUUGUUGAUGUUUACUGGCGAAGAUAUAAAUUUAGCUUAUUCCAAAUAUCGAUGCCCACAGCACGUGAAUUUGAUGGAACACAUGUAAACGUUGGUCACGUAAUUUUCGCUUAACUAGCAAAGUUAAAUAAAUACGGAGUAUUCUUCGUAGUAUAGUCACCGGCUAAACGCAGCGAUGUCUCAUACAAUAUUGCUGGUUCAGCCAGGCAAUAGACCCGAAACACGGACAUAUUCUGAUUAUGAAAGCAUUAAUGAAUGUAUGGAAGGGGUGUGCAAGAUUUAUGAGGAGCAUUUAAAGAGGCGGAACCCAGAUACUCCAACUAUUACGUAUGACAUCAGUCAAUUAUUUGAUUUUAUUGAUCAACUUACAGAUUUAUCAUGUCUUGUCUAUCAAAAAUCUACAAAUACGUACGCUCCAUAUAACAAAGAUUGGAUUAAAGAAAAGAUAUAUGUUUUACUACGCCGGGCCGCAGGACAUAGCGGUAACUAAGAGACAAAGAUAGAUGUAUGUUAUGUGUAUAAGACAAAUUAACUUUAAGUAAAGGUCUAUAUUGCCAUUUGUAAUAAUAAAUAUAUAAUCGAAAGGCAUAUUGUAAUGCUCCAUUUUCACUUCGAUCAAACUAUUUCCUAAUAACAUUUCUAUCGAUUUCUAAUUAAAUCAUUUUGCUUUCAUAAAUGUUCUUGACAUACAUAAAAAAAUGAUUAUUUUAAUUUUAUGUUUCUGUUAUUGACAAGACAUUGUGUUUCUAUAAAUAAUUUGAAAUUAUUUAGCAUUAGCGAAGAUGUGUCACUUUACAUAUAAGUUCUUUAAAAUAUACCAUUCUUCCUUUUGCGGCACUUCUGGAAAAUGAGCAUUUACAAAAAGUAUUUUAAAAAAUAUCACUUGAAAUUUACAACCAUAUAAGCCAAAAAGAAGAUUUACCAGAUGCAUUGAACUCGAAUUAUAAGUAAUAUUAUUCCUAUAUGGUUUAUGUACAAGUCGCUACUAUUAUUUUAAUGAUCUUUCGAUAAUUAAAUGGAUUUUACUAUAUCAGAAUGGAAAUGAAGGUUUCAUUUUUACCACGUCUGAAUAUUCCUUCACUUCUAUUCUUUCUUCUUCCGAAAUUAGAUUUUAUUAUGUUUGUACAAAAAUAAGUGCAGUUUCUUGUUAUUUCAAAUUUCGGCACCUAUUUUAGGAUAAAUUGAUAUUUAAAUAUGUUUGUAUAUUAUAAAUACUUAAAGUAAAGAGUUCGUUCUAUCCAUUUGAAUAAAUGGUUUCGUUUUCGUUUAUUUCAUAUUCUUCAGAAUAUGAUAUUACGGACUGCCAACUUACGACGAAUUAUGUGCAGUAAUAUAUUGUACGAUGAAAUCCCAAUUAUCCAAUAAUCGUCAACUAACUCCACAAGUUGGAUCAAAUUUUGUGCAAAUGAAUCGAUAUUAUUAAAGCUGUUAUCAGACGA